AUGUCCUUAAUCAAGACAGAUCCACGUGAAAUCCUGUCGUGCGGAAUCUUCUACAAUCUUGUAAUCGGCCCAACUAUACUCUCGAAUAUAUACUUGGCAUUAAUGUCGAUCGACCGAAGUAUAAUGAUACUCUAUCCAUCUCGUUAUCGUAUACUGAUUACCCGUCGAAGUGUACUGAUCCGUGUAUACUUAGUAUUAGUAUUAGUGAUUAUCGCUAUGAUUCCACAUCAUUUUUACUUUUAUUACAACAAAAAAAUCUUUACAGUUCGAGAUCGGCUUUACCAUCUAGAGCUACUUUGUGGCAAACGAUGGAAUACUUACCUGAUUUUACGCUACUGGUUUCUGAUACUUAGCGUUUUUACCUAUUCAUUGCCUAUCGUCAAGUCCAAACGAGUGAACGACGCUUUAUUCCACUCAAAUAACCAAAACAAAUUAUCAAUCAAUAAAGAAAACUAG